AUGCUUGAACCUGUUAAAAGAACAAACUUCAUUUAAGACCAAGCAAGAGUAAGCAAUAAAUUUAGAAACAAUUAGAAUGAAAAAAGUGCUAAAAAAGAUAAUGAAUCGCCACCUUUAACUUCAGUGAAUAAUUAAAAUCAUCAAUAAUUAUCAUCAUCCUCAUCAUAAAAACAAAAUGUAGAUGGUUUUUCUAUACUUUAAAGAUUUUAGAUUAAAGGAGGAAACAUCAAGCAAAAUUUAUAGCAUUUAGAGUUAGUAAAAACCCACUCAAGUCAAACGAGCAAAAGCAACAACAAUUUAUCGUGCUAAAAUUCAAAUAAGCUGCUGCAGGAUCCUUUUACUCCAAAUUAAUCUAAAAUAUCAUUUGGAAAUCAUAGAAAAAGUGUAAGCACUCUGACUGGCACAAGUGGUAGCACUAAAGGCUUAAUGCAAUAAAAACUAAACGAUUUUCUAUUUUAUCAAAAUUCUUCAUCUCAAGCAAGCACAGCUGCAAAGCUCAUCCAAUCAGAUCAGCAGUUUUUUUCUUUUAAAAAUAGUUCCUAUCUUGGUAAUAAUUUAAAUUAAGGAAAUGAAAAAAGAAACUUAGCUCAUGAAAAUCAGAUGAAUUCCUCACAAAAAUAUUUGUGCGUUCCAAAAACUGCAGAAAGUAGAAACAGAAUAAGUUAAACAAAUCUAACUUCAAAAGUUACAUAGGCGUAAAUAGAGUAAUAUCUAAGUAAUACUGAGCUUUUAGAUAGAGCAGAAGGAAAGUCAUUUAAAUUUUUCAAUUCAAAGAAUAAUAAGUUCGACUUUGUAGGAAGAAGCUAAUCUCUAGUUUCUUCUUAAAUCCUCAAUUAAGAAACAACCUUAAGUAAUAAAGUGUAAAUAGACUGUCUCAAUCCAUACACUCUAACAGCUACAAAAAAUGAAAGUCUCUUUUUUUCUUCCCAUAACUUCUACUAUUUUGUAAUACCAAUCAGAUCAAAGCCAUCACCUUUAAAGCUAACUGUAAAAAUAAAGAACGCUUCUGAAGCAUCUCAAAAUAAAUUAAAAGGAUUUAUUUCUAAAACAGCAAAUAGACCAAAUACUUUUAACUCAGAUGACGAAUUUGAUGGAAGAUCUUAUAAACUUUAUGCAGAAGGAGGAAAGAAAAUGUUUCAUAUCGACACUGUGUUUUUGUCACUCUAUCCAGAAGUUGAUAUGACUGUGUAGGUUUAAGUUAGCUUUGGUGAAUAAAAAAUAUAAAUGAAUGAAGCUUACCAGAAAUAUAAAAAAUAAAAAAUGAAAGCAAUUGAAGAAGCAAAUCAAAUACAAAUGCAAUAAACUAAAGAAAGAGAAAUGAAAGUCCAAGAAAGCAUUUAAAAUGAAUAACAAAAUAAAGAAAAGCUUUUAUUGUUUCACUCAACCAACACAUCUCCAAUUCAAAGUAUGAAAAACUUAUCGUUGAUAAACAAAUCUGAAAUUAUGCAAAAGGACAGAAAAUUUAUUAUUCAAAGUCAAGAAGGUAAAAAAAGAAAAAAUAUUACCUAAUUCAAUAAGUUUAAUAUGCCUGAUAUGUUUGAUAAAUAUUAAAAAAUGCUAAAACAGAAAGAAGAACAUGAAACUAAAUAAUAAGAAGUUUAAGAAAGGAAAAAUUAAAUGUUUUAAGAAAAAUGCUAAGAAGUUGAAGAAAGGUUUAGAAUAAGUUGUUUAAAAUCUAUUUUUCAAAUAGAAAAAAAGAAAAUUAUUGAAAGAAACUGUAAAUAUCAAUUGUGGUAGCUAGUAUGGAUUAAACUAAUCAAGUCAAUUAUCUUCCUUAAAUUUUUUGCAGAAAAGCUUCGUGCUAAAAUGAUAAAAAAGCAAAUACAACACAGAGCUAAAUUUAUUGCUAUAAGAGCUAUUGCAAAUUGGAUGAUUAAAUUGAGAAAAAUUGGACUCUAUCCAGAAAAAAGAGUUUUGAGCUUGAGCUGUAUUGUUACCAAUAAAUUUGCUCAAAUUCUGCAUUAAAAAUGUGAAAAAAAAGCAGAAAAUAUAAUUUCAAAUUACCUGCAAUAAAGUUCAAAGAUAACAGACUUAAAAACAAAGGGAAUUAGUUUUGUUUAGAGAGUAUUAAAUAUUUAGAAAUAGUGGAGAGAAACCAAAUAAAAAAAGAAGAGAUUCAAAGAGCUUAUUGUACGCUAAUUUUCUAACAAAUACAGUGAUUUGCUUUAUGAAAUCAAAUUGGAAGCUAAAAAGAAACAGGAUCCUUAUUAUCAGCCAAGUGGAUUGGCUCAUUUGAAUAAUGCAAGAAUAACUGACUAUGUUCUAGUUUAUCAGAUAGUGUAAAAUUAUCUUUCUUAACAUUGGCAAAGAUAUGUUUAGCUGUAUGAAUCAUAUAGAGGAUCCAUGAUUAUACUCUAAUAAAUGAGCAUUGAAAACAAAAAGAAUUACUCCAUUUCAGUUGCAAUGAAAAAACCUUUAUUUUUCAAAUUGCCUACUAAUAAUUAAUUAAAGAGUAUGGUAAAAGAAUAUGCAGAAGCAAAAUAAUUAAUAAAUUGA